AUGAAAUUCUUCUUACUUAUUUUAUUAGUCAUUUUUUCAAUUUUUGAAAAUGCAUCUUCUAUUACUGGAUUCGAUGCCAUUGGAAGCAUUUCAACAACUACAAUGAAAUGUAUUAAAGAAAAAGGAUAUGAAUUUUUUAUUGGACGUGUUUGGAGAUCAAUGGGUUCUCAUGAUGCUGCUGGUAUUGAAAAUAUAAAAAAUGCUGUGAAAGCUGGUUAUAAGCAUGUUGAUGGAUACUUCUUUCCAUGUACCACUUCUAGAUGUAGCUCGGCAAAAACUCAAGUUGAGGAAGCCCACAAAGAAUUAAAUAAAGCAGGAGCUAAAAUAGGAACAUUGUGGAUGGAUAUUGAAAGAUAUGAAUGGCCAUCUGAUAAGGCAAAAAAUAGACGAUUUAUUCUUGAACUUGUCAAAGAAGCUGAAAAAUUAGGAUUUAAAGUUGGUAUUUAUUCAUCAUAUUAUGAAUGGGAUGUUAUUGCUGGAGCAGAUUGGAAUGGUGGCCUCAACAGAUUACCUCUUUGGUGGCCAGACUAUGACAAUGAAAAAUCAUUUAAAAACUUUAAACCAUUCGGAGGAUUUAAACCAAGUAUCAAACAAUAUAAUGGAGAUAAAAAUGGACCAUGUGGAGUUAAUAUGGAUUUCAAUUGGUACUAA